UUGAAUGCAAAAUCUUAUAGGAUCGAUUCUCAACAAUGGAAGAGUACUCUAUUAACGACAACGAGGAAUUAAGAAAGGCAAUAGAUGACAUUCGACCUUCACAUUUUAGGAACUUGCUAAAACUUUCGAUAAAAUAUUGUGAUCAAAGGCUAGCCAAUUUUUUGUCUAUUUUGAUGAAGAGAGCAAACAAGCUUCAAAAUAUAAGCAUUGAGAAAUGCCAAAAUUUAGAACAUUUGUUUGAUCUCAAUGAAUUUACCCCUGACAAUGAUGGGCAUGACAAAUAUUUUACACAAAUAAAGACAUUAAUAUUGAUAGAACUACAUCAGCUAAAAUGCAUAUGGAACAAGGAUCCAGUGGGAAUUCUUGGCUUUGAAAAUUUGCAAAUGGUACAUAUAACAAGUUGUUCCUCUCUGGAUAAGUUGUUCACUCCUUCUACACCUAAGAAACUCAGCCAACUAAAUGAACUAAAGUUAGAGACAUGUCAAAUGUUACAGAAAGUUAUUGAUAGUGGUAACAUUGAAACCAUUAAAUUCCCAACAUUAAAUAAGGUGGAGUUCAAGUCUCUCUCAAGAUUGAUUCACUUUUACUUGUACCCUCUAGAAUUCCCACAACUAAGAUCUUUGAUAAUAGAAAAAUGUCCCGAGCUAGAAGAAUUUACAACUGGGUUGGCAACUACAAAUGCAUCACAAAUAACUAAUGACAGGUCAUUUUCUGAGUUGGGUGACCUAAAGUUAGAUAACUGCCACAAGUUGGUAUGUGUAGUCUCUUCUAAGGCAUUGCAUGAGUUGAAGAGUCUAAAGAAGCUCAUUGUGAGCCAUUGCAACACAUUGGAAGUGGUAUUCAACAUUCAUGAUGAAAUAUCUUAUCAUACAAAUCUCCUACAACAUCUGGAUGAAUUGAUUUUGAUUGAUCUACCUAAACUAAGUUAUGUCAUCAACAAAAAGUUUAUUAGGCUUUGUGAAAGCAUGCAAAGCUUACAAGUGAAGCAAUGUAAGUUACUUAAAUGGCUACCAGUUUCUUUAAUGCUGAUAAGUGUAGAAAUUUCAAAUUGUGAAGCCUUGGAGAAAAUUAUGACCACUAAUAAAGAAGAAGGAACAAGAGGAGAGAACACAUUUCCUAAGUUAAAGUUUGUCUCUCUCCAAAACUUGACAAACUUGUAUAGUCUUUUCCCUUUUACAUAUGAAUUUCCUUCCUUAGAAGAAUUGAAAAUAAUAAAUUGUCCCAAUUUGACCACUUUUGUUGAAGAGUCUAAGGAGCUAAAAGAUCUUUCAAAAUCCACCACUUCAAAUGUUUUCUUCCCAAAUUCAUUAUCAUUGGAAACAUUGAAGAUGUUGUACAUGAAAAAUCAAAAUUUUGAGAAGCUUUGGCAGAACAAUUGUCAUUCCAAAUCAUUUUAUGAAUUGGAAUAUCUAACUUUGAGUAGCAACAAAAAAUUAUUGAAUGUCAUCUCUUCUAACAUUAUCAUAAGACUUAACAAGUUGAAAAAAUUGACUUUGGAACAAUGUGAAGUAUUGACUGAGAUAUUUUAUCUUGAAGAUGAUAAACCAACUGGUAAUAUCCAAGAACUUCUUCCUCAGUUGCAGGAAUUGGCAUUGAGUUAUCUAAGAAGUUUCACUUGUAUUUGGAACAUGGAACCUUCAGUUUCCUUUUUCCCAAAUUUACUGUCACUUCACAUUGUUCAUUGUGGAACCCUCCAAAGUCUAUUUUCAAUUUCUUCUACAAAAAACCUUCAGAAUCUCAAAUCACUAAAAUUGUGCAAUUGUGACAAAUUAGAGGAGGUAAUAUCUAUUGAUAAUCGUGAAGACAUGACAGUUAGUUUUCCAAAAAUGGAGUGUCUUGUACUCAAGGAUCUUCCAAAGUUGCUAAGUUUCCAUCAACAAAAUGGAACAAUUCAUUUACCUAACAUACAAAUUAUGCGGGCAAGAAAUAUUCCAAGCAUGAAAUUUUUUUCAGUGGGUAUAGUUAUCACCCCAUUGCUGAGAUCAAUACAUGUAACAUUUGCCAGGAAACUUUGGCUAGGAAAUUUAAAUGAGACCUUAUCCUAUAUAAGCAACAAUCCAGGAAAAUUUCAUUUUGCGAAAUUGUUUGGUUUUCCUUCAUGAGCACUGUGAAAAUGCCAUUAUCAAUAAACUCAAGUUUAUGCUCCUGGAAUGAAAUGAGGUUUGUCAUCCUCUUCAUGGAACACACAUUUGGACAGUUUGUUCACGUGACUCUAAGGAUUAGAAGGAACACAUGUUGUAUAAAGGUUGGUAAUGAAUGAUGUUAUGGAACAUAAUAAAUUAUGUGUCUGGCAAAAGUUCCCAAUAUAAAUGGAUAUUUCCUGAAUAACUUUAGUUUUUA